CCGGCCGCGGCGGCUCUGGCCGGGCGGCUGGAACCGGUUUGGGGGGAAGGAGAGGGGAAGGGAGAGGCUCGGUCGUCAGCAGGUUCCCGCACACCACAACGCCGCCCUCGCCUCGCCGGGUCCCGUUCCUCCCCCCACCCUCUUCAUCGUCCUCAGUUUCUUCCUCCUGAGCUUGACUCUUGCGGGAAGGGGACAGCUGCCUGGCAGGAGGGGGGGGAAGAGAGAGAGCACCCCGCCAUCAUCAUCAUCAUCAAUCAUCCCAUCCUCCGACACCUUUAUCUUGGGCAGAAUCUUCCUCUGCUCAAAAAGUUCCUGUUAAUUUUGAUCUGGCAGCAGCCUUGCAGGGCUACAGCAGCUAUUGAACAUCAUUCGCAAACAUGACACUUUGUCAGGUUACCUUUGAAAUAAGAGGAACAUCGCCACCAGGAGAGGUUUUUGCCAUUUGUGGAAGCUGCAACGCUCUGGGAAACUGGAAUCCUCAAGGUGCAGUAAUUCUCCAGCCAGAGGAUGAGGCUGGCGAUGUUCUGUUAUGGAAAGCUACAGUUGACCUCCCUAGGGGAGAAGAUAUUGACUAUCGAUAUUUUCGAGGGAUUUUUUUAGAGCCUCAGACUAUCGAUGGUCCAUGCCAAGUCAUAAUUCACAAGUGGGAGACUCAUCUACCACCACGAUCAAUAACCCCUUUAGAGGAUAUCUUCAUUGAUGAUGGCACCUUCGGGAUCUUUGAUAAUGUGGAGUGCGUUGAUUCCGGAUGGCUGACAUGUCAGACAGAAAUCAGACUACGACUGCAUUUUUCUGAAAAACCUCCUGUAUCAAUAACUAAGAGAAAAUUUAAAAAAUCUAGGUUUAGAGUAAAACUCACCCUUGAAGGCUUGGAAGAGGAAGGUGAAGAUGAUGAGGAUGAUAGGCUGUCACCUACACUUCAUCAUAGAAUGCCGAACACAUUAGAGAUUUCACUGAUAAGUGACACCGAAUUCAAAUCUCGGCAUUCUCAGCCAGAAUGUGGUUAUGGUCUACAGCCUGACCGGUGGACAGAAUACUCUAUACAGACAAUGGAACCAGACAAUUUGGAAUUAAUCUUUGACUUUUUUGAGGAAGAUCUUAGUGAAGCAGUGAUACAAGGAGAUGCACUUCCCGGUCAUGUGGGCUCUGCGUGUCUGUUGUCAUCCACUAUUGCAGAAUCAGGAAAGAGCUGUGGUAUCCUCACACUUCCUAUUAUGCACAGGAUUUCACGAAAAACAAUUGGGAAAGUUCGAGUGGACUUCAUAAUUAUUAGGCCAAUUCAAGGAUAUUCCUGUGAUAUGCAAGCUUCAUAUGCUAAAUAUUGGAGAUCAAGAAGAAUAGGGCUAGAUGUUGGGCACAGGGGUGCAGGAAACUCUACAACCACUACCAAGCUAGCUAAACUUCGAGAGAAUACUGUUGCUUCCUUAAAGAAUGCAGCUAAACAUGGAGCAGCCUUUGUGGAAUUUGAUGUACACCUUUCCCGGGAUCUCAUCCCCAUCAUAUAUCAUGAUCUUACUUGUUGUAUUGCUAUGAAAAAGAAAGAUGAUAAUGAACCAUUGGAACUGUUCGAGAUUGCAGUCAAAGAGCUCACAUUUGCCCAGCUGCAGUUAUUAAAGCUAGCCCAUGUGACUGCGCUGAAAUCUAAGGAUAGUCAAGAAUCAUUUAUAGAGGAAGAAAAUGUUCCUUCUGACAUGCAGCCCUUUCCAUCACUACAAAAAGUACUAGAAUCUAUUCCUGAAGAUGUUGGGUUUAAUAUAGAAAUAAAAUGGAUCUGUCAGCAAAAGGAUGGUUUGUGGGAUGGCAACCUUUCAACCUACUUUGACAUGAACCUCUACCUAGAUAUAAUUUUGAAAACUGUUUUUCUCAAGGCUGGAAAUAGGAGGAUCGUAUUUUCUUCAUUUGAUGCAGACAUAUGCACAAUGGUCAGGCAGAAACAAAAUAAAUAUCCCAUAUUAUUUCUAACUCAAGGACAAUGUGAAGCCUACCCAGAACUCAUGGAUCUCAGAUGCCGUACAACAGCAAUUGCCACAAGUUUUGCAGUGUUUGAAAAUCUGCUGGGAAUUAAUGCACAUACUGAAGAAUUGCUAAACCAUCCCUCAUUUAUAGAAGAUGCCAUAUCUAAAGGUUUAGUUGUGUUUUGUUGGGGUGAUGAAGCAAAUGAUCCAGACAACAGGAAGAAACUGAGGGAAUUUGGGGUUCAUGGUCUGGUAUAUGACAGGAUUUAUGACUGGAUGCCUGAACAGCCAAAUAUAUUCCAGACAGAGCAACUAGAACGGCUGAAGGAGGAAGUACCAGAGUUGAAAAGCUGUGUGUGUCCCACAGUUAGCCAUUUUAGUAGCAUUGGUCUGUGUAAGUGUCAUAGUAGUCCCAUAAGAGCAAGAAUGGCCGAAAGUACAAGCAGUUUCUAGCAGACAUUAUGAGAAGAACCAAUACUAUUUAAUGUGUGCAUCCAGUUCUUUCCACUGAACAAUGCUAGCAAUGCCUCACUGUUCUUGCAACUAAAUGAAGCAAUAACUCAUGGUCCACUGCAGAAUAUUACAAGCCAUUGCUAGAUUGUCAAACACUGCUAAAACGCUUGGUCAGUUGUAAUCAUUCUUCUGCUCUGCCUGGAGCUCCUGUAUGUUCUAAACCGACCACCAUAAGAUGAAAUCUAUGAACUGUUAACAUACACACCUGGUUUCUGAGCAAUCUGAAGUGCAAUCAUUGCUGAAGUUGCUAGCAUCUAAAUUGCCAAAUAUCAUUGUUUAAUUGAUUCAGCUGCAGUACUAGUGGAGAAGAUUGUAUAUCAUAUAGAUUUUUCAUUUAGUCUGAGGAAAAGGUACCUCAAGUGCAUACGUUUGCACUGAUGCAUGCAUCUGUACAAACAUGUGUGCCAUUUCAUUGCAAAAGAGUGCAAUUAGGCCUCUCUCUUUUUUCAUUUCCACUUUCAGGCUGUUACUGCCUUGUAUUUAUUUUGCCAGAUACAAUGGUGUUCUCUCUGCCUAGCAGCCGAUAGAUAGGUGAAUAAAACCAUUUCUCCACCAUGUUUGUACCUGAAUUUUUUCUGAAGCUCAGAAUGUUGCAAAUCAGUAUAAGCCAAAUUGCCAGUCUUGACUGUAAGUUUUUCAAAAAUGUAUCAUUGUUCUCAAAUAUUAAAUGAACAGCUGUACAAUACAAAGCCAGUAAAUGCUAAGCAUGACGCUUUGGAUGUUCACAGCAGUCCUUGUGCUCUUGUGGUGCUAUAUGGUGCAAGAGCGACAAGGGCUGGGGGAAAAAAAGCUUAAAUCUUUGCUGAAAAAACCACAAGCCUCCAUGUGUCAAUAGCUACAUGAGGUUUUAUCACCUCAUUUUUUUAAUUUCUAGCCACUAGCAGAUAUGUUUUACAAAGAAAACUACUCACGUUUGAUUCUCAGAAUGUAAUAGGGUCUCAAUCUUUUAAAGACUGGCUAAUGUUCACUGUGUAUAACUUAUUCAGAAAUUAUGAUAUUUUGUCAUGUAUGUAUGCUUGCAUGUUGUUCAAUCCAUACCUCUCUACAAUAGCAGGUAAUGAGACAUAAUUACCUGUAGCUUUUUACUGAAGUGUUAAAUGUGUAAUAAAAACGUUAAAAAUAUAUUUAUUUUUUUUUCCUGCUAUUGCAAAUCAGCAAAGGAAACAAUAUGAUUCGAAUCUUGUCACUGCUGUACAAAGCUAAUUAUAUGAACCUUUAAUAAAUGCAAGUCUGUAAAUGGUUUUUGGUCUGUACUACUGAAUUGUUCGCAGCAACUGGUUUAUCUCCUUUUGCUUUGUAUUGAAAUUACUCUUGUCCUCCACAAACAGCACAGUCUCUGGGAACGAUUCUUACUUUAAAAAUAAAAUGUGUUUUGUAACUAAAUCCAA